CAGAAACCAACACGUUCCUUUCCAUUUCCCAUCGCUUCUUUCGAAUUUCGAAAUUCCCUUCCCUCUUUUCGUUUCAUUAUCGAAUCACAGUGUCACACUUUCUUCUUCUUCAUCCAACCAAUUUCUCUGGUCGACCUCACCUUUUCUACUUAUGUUUUAUACGCGUGAACCCAUUCCGAAUUUUUAACCUUUUCUCUCUGCUGUAUCUAUAUUUAUAGCCCAACAACGCUUCAACCUCAAACCCACGCUGCGAUCGCAACCUUAGCUUUGGACAAUUGUUGGCGCCUUACCUCUGGAAUCUCUGGAAUCUGGUGUUGGGAAACUACAUUCUGAAUGGCAAUGGGUAACCUUAGCACUGAUUAUCAAGAACAGAAUCAGCAGACUGAUAUUGGUGCUUCAAUACGUAAUGGAAGAGAAAUUCUUUUACAGGCCUUUAACUGGGAAUCUCAUAAACAUGACUGGUGGAAAAAUUUAGAAAGUAAAGUUCCAGAUAUUGCAAAAUCUGGAUUUACAUCAGCAUGGUUGCCACCAUCAACUCAUUCCUUUGCCCCGGAAGGUUACCUCCCUCAGAACAUAUAUUCUCUCAAUUCUAAAUAUGGAUCUGAGCACCAAUUAAAAGGCUUACUUCAAAAAAUGAAGCAAUGUAAAAUUAGACCAAUGGCUGACAUAGUUAUCAAUCAUCGUGUUGGGACUACCCAAGGGCAUGGUGGAAUGUACAAUCGUUAUGAUGGAAUUCCUUUGUCAUGGGAUGAACAUGCCGUCACAUCUUGUACUGGUGGACUGGGGAAUCGAAGCACUGGGGACAAUUUCAAUGGGGUUCCAAAUAUUGAUCAUAGUCAACCUUUUGUUAGAAAGGAUAUUACUACAUGGCUACAGUGGCUUCGCAAUACUGUUGGUUUUCAGGAUUUUCGAUUUGAUUUCGCAAGGGGUUAUGCAGCUAAAUAUGUGAAAGAGUAUAUUGAAGGAGCAAAACCAAUUUUUUCCGUUGGGGAGUAUUGGGAUUCUUGCAACUACAAUGGUCAUGGUUUGGACCACAACCAAGAUAGCCACAGACAGCAGAUAAUAAGUUGGAUUGAUGGCACUGGACAGCUAUCAACUGCAUUUGACUUCACAACCAAGGGAAUUCUUCAGGAAGCUGUCAAUGGACAAUUAUGGCGAUUACGUGAUCCCCAAGGGAAGCCACCAGGUUUAAUGGGAUGGUGGCCUUCAAGAUCUGUCACAUUCCUAGAUAACCAUGAUACAGGCUCAACACAGGCUCACUGGCCAUUCCCUUCAAAUCAUAUUAUGGAGGGUUAUGCAUAUAUACUCACGCACCCUGGAAUACCUUCCGUUUUCUAUGACCACUUCUAUGAUUCGGGUGAUUCCAUUCAUGAUCAGAUUGUGAAACUGAUCCACAUUAGGAAGCAAAAAGACAUUCACAGCCGAUCAUCUGUAAGGAUCCUGGAGGCCCAGCCAAACCUCUACUCUGCUAUAAUUGGGGAGAAAGUGUGCAUGAAAAUUGGGGAUGGUUCAUGGUGCCCAGACGUGAGGGAGUGGAAGCUGGCAACCUCUGGCCACAGAUAUGCGGUUUGGCACAAGUAAAUUAGAAGGUUCCAUCCUCAUUAUUGUUCAUAAGCAAAAUAAUAUUGCUAUUUCUCAUUGUUGAGAUGCACUGGGGAGAUGACAGCCAACUGGCAAUUCGAUGCUACACAUGGCUGAUGCUGCUAUGUAUUAUAUGAAUAAUAAUUCUCGCUAACUCAGCACUCUUUUUAUGUUUCGUUACA